AGGGUGGCGGAGGAGGAGAACAGUGGGGAGGCCUCCGUCGGCACCGACGACUCGGAACCGGAAUGGGAACCGGACCUCCAGUCACGGGUCCGACGGAAGGUGUCCUUCGCGGACGCCUUCGGCCUGGACCUUGUGUCCGUCAAGGAGUUCGACGCCGCCCCCGACCCACCCCAGGCUCGGGUCAGCGUCGACGGGCCCCCGAGCGGGAAGGCCCCCCCCCCCGGGGGCCCGCCCCAGGCCCAGGCCGACAGCCACCUCUCCUGCCUGUUCUCGGUCCCCUCCGGCCCGGAGGAGCUCCGCCGGCGGCUGUGGGAGCAGAAGGUGGAGCUGGAGAGCAUCGAGCUGCUGCCCGGCACCUCCACCCUGCGCGGGGUGGUCCGGGUGGAGAACCUCUGCUACUGCAAGGCCGUGUACGUGCGGGUCUCUCCCGACGGCUGGAGGAGCCACUUUGAGCUGCCGGCGGCGUACGUCCCGGGCUCCAGUGACCGCGAGACCGACCGCUUCACCUUCAUCUACGCUCUGGAGACCCCGGUGCAGGGAGCGGCCGGCACCAGGAUGGAGUUCUGCCUGCGCUACGAGACCGAGAUGGCCACGUUCUGGGCCAACAACCGGGGGCUGAACUACGUCCUGUUCUGUCACCAGAAGGCCCACAAAGAGAUCCCUGGAAAUGAGAGGGAGACGGAGGAGAGCCACCUCCUGCAGCACCUCCACAAGCACCAGAGAGCUGGCCAGAGGAGCUGCCUCAAGGCUAACAGGAGGGGUGAUGCUGAAGACCGAACCUGUGAGGUCACUGACAAAGCAACAACUACAGUUUCAGAAGACCGAAUCCCACAAAAAGCAGAGACGGCUGGCAGAAAGAAAACGGACACCACGGAGACACUCCAAGAGGACGACCUUCUGAUUGACAGCGUGCGAAGCAGACGCAAGGCCGCGCGACUGUCUCGCGUGAAAGAUUUGCUGCGUGAGCGCAGUCCACUGCAGAACUCACAUGCCCCCGCUGGUCCUCAUCAGAACCAUCACCACCCCACACCCGUUCUGGGAGCAACCUCAGACGGUUCCACCGUGGUUCCUCCUCGCCAGAAACUGGCCGCCGAGGGCCCCAAGGCCUUACCCACUUACCACCAGAUACCUCUGCUGACACUGGACUGGACGAGCGACAACCCACAGGUCUGGCCUACCAACGAGAUGGAGGAACUCUGGAGCGGCGUAAAGACCCAGAACGUUGAGUCAAAACCCUCAACGGAAGGGGGAACACCGUCCAAAGGUGAUCCGAAGAAGGCCUUCAUCGAUGCCAAAGUCGAAUGUGGCGUCGGGGAAGGUACGCCGUCCGUGUGUGACAUUUGGCAGAGCUUCAUCGACGGCGGCGAUCACAGCGAUCACUCCGGCGUUCCGGAAUCCGCGUGGUUGCAGAAGGCCACGUCGAUGUCCCCCUCGGAACAGCGAGUGGUGGACCCCGGAACGCCGAGCACACCGGCUGCACCCCAGUCACCUCAAACGCCCCCGGACAUGCCCCACCGUACAACGACACCCUCCACCAUCUCCAAGGGGCUGCCGGUGUCGGUGUCACGCGCUGACGGUCCGGCCCGGCACGCCAACUCCCAGGAGAGGCAGCCAGCAGCGCGGGCGUGGGUCGGAUCUCAUGACAUGACACUGAGGCCAGAGGGGAGCUCCGUGACAGAAACUCCUGAGGAAGAGGUGCCAAGCAGGGCAGGAACAGCCUCCACAACAGCUGAGGACGACAACGAAGGCUCAGAGGAUGGCUUAGGGACUCGGCAGCCCGAGCAUGUCGCGCCGGACACGGGAGGCACCGAAGGCGUAAGAGAACAAAAAGGAGGAGGAGGAGGAGGA